AUGGCCCACAAUACCAGUGCCCCCCGCAUAACUGAUGCGACAAAAGUAUGGACAACUCUAAUUACAAACACUGCCUACCUGUCGGGGCUACUGACCCUGGAGUACUCCCUCCGUAAAGUGGGCUCGAAAUAUCCGCUGAUUGCUCUCUACACGGACUCCUUCCCGGAGGAAGGCCAUGCUGCUCUCGAUGCCCGUGGAAUCUUGAAGCAGCGUGUCCCUUAUUUGCUGCCCUCAGUUCCAAAAGACUAUGUCAAUGAUGUGCGGUUCUAUGACUGCUGGAGCAAACUUACGCCCUUCUCUCUUGUGGAGUAUGAGCGCGUUGUGCAGCUGGACAGUGACAUGAUGAUUCUCCGCAACAUGGAUGAGUUGAUGGAGCUCGAGCUAGACCCUCCAGCCCUGGCUGGGACAGGGAAUCGUGUUUUUGCCGCCAGUCAUGCUUGUGUCUGUAACCCGCUGCAGAAGCCGCACUACCCUCCUGAUUGGAUUCCAUCCAAUUGCGCAUAUACAUCCCAGCAUGCCACCCCGGAUGUCGCGCAAACAGAGGGCGCUUCACCCACGGCCGGGCUGGGCAUCCCCAACGGCGGUCUCCAGGUGGUCAAUCCGUCCCACGAAGUCUAUGAUAAGAUUCUGGCGCAGCUGUCCUCAUCUGCGACCACCAACUAUGAAUUUGCCGAUCAAUCCCUGCUAUCAGAUGUAUUCUUUGGGCGAUGGGUGGCGCUGCCAUACAUUUACAAUGCGCUCAAAACCAUGCGGUGGGAGGGGAUUCAUGAUGCGAUCUGGCGAGACGAGAGCGUCAAGAAUAUGCACUACUUGCUCAACCCCAAACCGUGGGAUGAGAGCGAGGCUGUCCGGUCGGGUCGCGAACCUCGCUCAAGCCGGGAAGCGCCACACAGCUGGUGGUGGGACAUUACGGAGGAGAGAGUGAAGGAGGAAAAGGCCAGAGGGGUGGAUGACAACUUCUAA